UAAGCAGCAGUAUCCGUAACAUCAAGAUGUAUAAGAAAGUGGUGCUAGUCGUUGCCUGCGUUUUGGCCGUCCAUGUUUCCUCUCAGCCUCAGGCAGGCACACCGAGUCCACAGCCCGAGGCCGGCAUGAACAAUCCCCCGAUGGAAGCCCCCACUCCGUCGGAAGGUGGGGUCGCAGGUACGCCAGCUCCAGCGUCUGGAUACGGCAUGACGAAGCAAAGAGAAGUCCCCCAGAUGGGACCGCCUCCUAUGUCGGGAACAGGCACGCCAAGUCCACAUCCCCAACCCGGCAUGAUGGAACCCCUUACUCCGUCGAAAGGCACAAGUCCACAGCCCCAACCCUGGGAUUGAGCAGACAGAAGCAGGACCCUCCGAGAUGGUAUCCCGCAGAUAUCCUCGGUAGCGAAUGGCUACAGCUGUGUUACCAGGAAACCGUGGUAGCGUUUGUGGCAUGAGCGACAAGGCAUCGCGGAUCAGCUACAAUACAGCAAGCAAUACGGGCAUUCGUCAGAAUUACCUUGCUUGCUUAGACAUACAACAUCUUGGAUUUCAA